AUGAGACAUCUUUCAUAUUUGCUAUUAUUAUUAUUAUUAAUUAUUCAAAUUAUUAAACAUGUACAAAGUCAAUGUUCUGGUGGGAUAUGGACUAUUCAAGAUAUAACUAUUGGUUCAUUUACAAUUUCAUGGAGAUAUAAUAUCAAUUCGAAUACUGUUCAGUUUAUCAUUCAAGGUCAAGCAAAUUCAAGCAUUAAUCUUACAUCUACUUAUAUUGCUAUUGGAUGGUCUGAUACAGCAGUAACAAUGAAUAAUAUGGAUAUAGCAAUGUUUUUUCCUGAAACUCAAAUAAUUCAAGAUAGAUAUUCUCGAGGGUAUGUGAUACCAUCGAUUGAUGAUGAACAAGAUUUUUGUGUUAUUCAAACUAAUAUGACUGGUCAAAAUGUUUAUGCAACAUUUGAACGACUCAGUACAACAGGAGAUGUUGAUGAUAUUAGUUUUACAUCAGAUGUGUAUCUAAUGUUCUCAAUGGGUUCUUAUACAUUACUUAACGAUACAAUUAGUUUUAAACCACAGGAUCAUUUUUUUCGUAAAUCACUUACACCAAGUAUAAAUUUAAUAAAUUGUAUUUCAACAAAUUGUACAACAAAAUCAUGUCCAUGUUUACAAGAGAUAACAUCAAAUGUGGGACAAUGUACUUGUUUUCCAUCGUCAUCAUCUUUAUCCUGCAUUUCAAACUCAACAAAUUCUGUUUUAACAACUACUAGUUCACCUAUAUCGGCACUUAUAAACGGUUCUUGUCAAAACGAAACAAAUUCAUGUUCAUCAAAUGGAAUUUGUCUUCAAAUAUCUCGAAGUCAAUUUAUCUGUCAAUGUAAAACUGAUUAUACAGGCGUACUUUGUCAAACACCCUUAUUUACACCUGAUAUUAAUAUUUUAAAUACAUGUCAAUGUGUAAAUGGAGGUGCCUGUUUAAUGAAUGGAACUUGUUCAUGUUCAGAUCUUUAUCGAGGAAAAUUUUGUCAAUUAGAAAAUCCGUGUAAUGAUUAUUGUUAUAAUAAUGGUCUCUGCACAGUUGUUUGCAUGAACACAUCAUGUGAUACACCAAAUUGUACAUGUUUAAAUGGUUAUAGUGGUGAUCAAUGUACUACAAUCAUUAAUGAUGUAUGUCAAUCAAAUCCUUGUAUUAAUGGAAAUUGUACUGAAGCAAUAGAUGGAGAUUUUCAAUGUCAAUGUCAUAAUGGUUAUAUUGGUACUCGAUGUGAUAUGAUUAAUAGUUGUUUAUCAAAUCCAUGUAACCAAGGUACAUGCAUAACAUCAUCGAAUUGUCUCGAAGAAAUUUGUGGUUAUUCAUGUCUUUGUCCAAGUGAUACAACAGGUAUAAAUUGUGAAAUUGGUGCAGAUCCAUGUUGGAGUAGACCAUGUAAAAAUAAUGGCAGUUGUUCAAUAUCAUCCAAUACUUAUUCAUGCCAGUGCAUACCACCAUAUGGUGGUACUGAUUGUGAAUUAAUUAUAAAUGUAUGCACACCAAAUCCUUGUUUAAAUAAUGCUAGUUGCAUUCGAAAUUUAAAUAUACAUGAUGGUGGAUAUAGAUGUGAAUGUCAAACUGGUUAUAUGGGUACACGAUGUGAAUAUUUAAAUGGUUGUGUAUCAUCACCAUGUCAAAAUAAUGCUCAAUGUAUUUCAUCUACGAUGAAUUGCUCUUCAACAACAUGUCCAAUUAAUUGCAUUUGUUUAAAUGGUACAACUGGUGUCUAUUGUGAACAAAAAGAUACAUCUUGUUCAACAAUAUCGUGUUUGAAUGGUGGAACUUGCUUGAUAAAUGAAGAAACUAAUAUUUCAUAUUGUCAAUGCCCAUCGAAUACGACUGGUAGUCGAUGUGAAACAAUUCAAACAGUGUGUACAAAUACAUUUUGUUCAAAUAAUGGAGUUUGCUUUAUUGAUGCAUCAUCUGGUAAUAGUACGGCAUAUUGUUUAUGUUCUCAAGGUUAUACUGGACAAUAUUGUCAAACACCAUUAUUAUCUAUCAAUGAUUGCUCACGACAAGCUUGUGGAUAUGAGGGUACUUGCAUUCAAACAUCUAUAUCAUCUUAUUAUUGUAUUUGUUCAAAUGGUUUAAUUGGACAAUCAUGCAAUUCUAGUGUAUUAACUUCAUGUGCUAGUUCACCAUGUCGUCAUUUAUCAACAUGCCAACAAAUAGAAAAUACAAAUCCUCCAAGUUAUAAAUGUAUUUGUCCAAAUUAUUUAACAGGUGAUCGAUGUCAAUUUACAAAUACUUGUCAAAAACAACCAUGUUUAAAUCAAGGUACUUGUAUUGCACUUGGCCCACAAAAUAAUUUUAUGUGUCUUUGUUCACCGGGUUAUGGACAUUAUGAUUGUUCAAUAUAUUUGGGUUUAACGUGUAAUUCAAAUGUAUGUUUAAACGGUGGCAUAUGUAAUCAUAAUGGUACGAAUAUUCAAUGUAUAUGUUCGACGAAUUAUGCUGGACCACGUUGUGAAUGGACUUCAGUGUGUUCGGUGAGUACGUGUCAGAAUGGUGGUACAUGUCGACAAAUAGCUCCAACAAUGGCUGAAUGUUUAUGCCAAGCGGGUUUUACGGGUCCGACUUGCAAUUUACGAGAUUCUUGCGCAAUUUCUCCAUGUAAGAAUGGUGGUGGCUGUACGACAUUACUCGUUGACACCGGCACAAGUUGGUCAGCUUAUCGUUGUGUUUGUCCACCAGGUAUUUAUGGACAAAAUUGUGAUACGGCAAUUAGUUCUUGUUCAAAUAUGGUUUGUCCAGCGUAUAAAAUUUGUAGUGAACAACCUACAGGACCUGUAUGUACAUGUGCAGGAAAUAAAGUUGGCACAUUUUGUCAAUAUGAUAAUCCAUGUAGUCUAUCAUCAUCGAUUUGUUAUCAUGGUGGUACAUGUGUAUCAUCCAAUACUGAUCCACCUAUAAGUUCAUGUCUUUGUCGAGAAGAAUUUACAGGUACAUAUUGUGAAAUAUUAAAAGAAAGUGAUCCAUGUGCUAGUAAUCCUUGUCAAACACGUGGUUAUUGUGCAUUAUCAACAUCAAAUAAAACUUAUACAUGUGUAUGUAAAGAGAAUUUUAUUGGUGAAAAAUGUGAACAAAAUAAUCCAUGUUUAUCAACGCCAUGCUCAAACCAAGGUAUAUGUCAAGCGAAUUGGAAUUCAACAGAUACAUGGUUUAAUUGUCGUUGUGUUGGAACUUAUACAGGAAAUAGAUGUGAAACAUCUUUGCUUAAUCCUUGCGGAGGAUUAUGUAUGAAUGGAAGUCCGUGUAAUAAUGGAGUAUGUGUUUGUUCAGCUCAAUAUACAGGAACAUUUUGUGGAUUUGAUAAUCCAUGUUAUCAUCAAGUGUGCCAAAAUGAUGGUAUUUGUUCAGUUGUUUCUAAUACAACAAGUGUUUCAUUUUCAUGUACUUGUUCAAGUUCAUAUACUGGACAAUAUUGUGAAAUACCACUUAAUCUACAAAUGAAUGGUAGUUGUUUAGUAGCAUGUAUGAAUGGUGGUUCAUGUAUAAAUGGAAUGUGUAUAUGUACACCACGAUAUGUUGGACCAUUAUGUGAAUAUGAAAAUCCAUGUCUUCAUGAAAAUCCAUGUUUGAAUAGUGGUACUUGUUUUGGUCGAUAUAAUACAAAUGGAACAUUGUCUACAAAAUGUUUUUGUCUUCAAGGAUUUACAGGAACAACACUUUGCUCGCCAACAUCAUGUAAUGGCGGUAUUUGCACAGCUACACAAAAUACUAUUGUUUGUGUAUGUCCAAUAGGCAAAUUUGGUGAUCGUUGUCAAUAUGCAGAUGCAUGCGCUACUAAUCCAUGUUUAUCAAACGAACGAUGUGAACAAAUAGGAAAUCAAUAUCAAUGUGUUUCAUGUUAUGAUAAAAGUUCUUAUUGUUCGAUCUAUCAAUUACGUAAUGAAUAUUGUGAUAAUCGUUAUACAAUACUUGUUGAUAAUGAUUUUCUUUCUGUACCUCAAGCAUGCCAACGUUCAUGUGGUCAAUGUAUACCUGUACAACGUUUAAAAGAUAUUUCUUCAUUAUUUAAUACUUCAGCAUUGAUUGAAGACACCAAUAUAAUAUCGAGUACAACAACAAUAAUAAAAAAUAUACAACAAGAAAAAUGUAUUGAUAGACGAGAUGAUUGUUUAAUGCAAAAAGCUUAUGGAUUUUGUCGAAUUUUUAAUGAAAAAUAUCCAGAUGAUUGUAUUAAAACAUGUCAUCCCGAUUGUGCUAUUCUUUCUUAA